AUGCAUGGUUCAUUUACCAUUCCCAUAGAGGAAGAUAUGAUGCUGAAUGAGCCAGCAGCACCAAUGGAGUUAGAUACGGAUCGUAUGGAUUUAGAUCUUAUGACAGGAAAUCCACAGGCGAGCCAUCAGCAUCACCACCAUCAUCGCCAUCACCAUCAUCACAACCAUCACCUAUUGACGGAAGAUCCGAUUCUGGCACUCCAUGGUGCGCGUCAUAAGCGAAAGAUGAAACUCCAAGACCUUGCCUUGAGGGAAUCACGGGACCCGCAGGGUCUCUUGGAGCAACCAGAGAUUAUAGACAACAAGAGGCGUCACGGGGAUACACCCGCUAAAGGAGUCAAGAGCAAACAUUCCUAUAAAGACUAUCUUCCUGGAGAAAAACGACUCAAGGUCCAUAGAGAGUAUAGGGAUGAUGGCACAGAGUCUAAAUUGCGCAAGGAAAAGGAGAGGUCCGAAAAGUUGCAAAGACUGACUCGGGUACGAUCCGAAUCACGAGCCUCUUCUCCACGCGGUUCAACUCCAGCCACUCCUGUUGACAACACUCUUACGGAAGAUGGGCCUUUUGCUUUUGGAUCCCGCCGCCAGCCAGCCGAGGCCAGCCCAGCUACACCUACGGGUACAGGCCGCCCUCGGCCCUUUAUCUGCGAGAUCGAGGACUGUGGUAAACGAUUUGUGGAUGCUCUACAGCUUGAGAGGCACAUCGAGCGCCAUGGGCCCAAGGAGUUGGAAUGCGACUUGGAUAUGUGUGGUAAGCUAUUUUCGUCCCUCAUGUUACUGCGUCGUCAUCAGUCCAUGGUCCACAAGCGACGUUCUGAAAAGUGGGAAAAUCCACCCGGUAUUACAAGACAACGUCCUGGUCGGUCCAGGAGACGCGAACCUCGGAUUGUGGCUUCGGGCGAUGUUGUAGAUCCUGUCGAACUAGACCGCAAGACUCGAACUUGGGUGGAGGUAGAGCAAUCUGGUGGAGACUACAGCGAUGAAGACGAUGGUGACGAUGAGGAGAUAACGACGCGAACCCCUACUAAAAAGCCAAAAGAGUCUACGGAACUUAAGCAAACCAAGCAGCCAAAAGCGGAAGAGCGCAGCUCCACCAAAGGAAACAUUAAAAAGAAGCUGGUAGCUAAAACCGAGGACAUCAAGAGUGGAGCGGAUGUUGAUAGGGCAGGUCGGUCGGAUGAUGGCGAGCAUAGUGCUCGCCAAACAAAAGGCCAAGAGGAUAAUGGCAAAGCUGCACCUGCAGGCCCUCGGCCACGACCCUUUCAUUGUACAUACGAUGACUGUAAAAAGGUUUUCAUUGAUGCCAUCCAAUUGGAACGCCAUUUGGAGCGUCAUGGGCCUAAGGAGCUCGAGUGCGGCAUUGAUGGAUGUCGCAAGAGAUUUUCGGCGCAAAUGUUACUUCGGCGACAUCAAUCCAUGGUUCACAAACGUCGUUCACCCGCUGUGCCUGUCUCCAUUAACAAGGGGUUGCAUCAUCAAAAGGCUUCUUCUACUACAGCGGUAGCUACCAGCCUUCUAAAUCCUUCAACAGCUUGGCCUUUAUCCAAGUCCGAGGCCAAGUCUUCAAGUCCAUCGCUUCAGUCUUCUAAUGAAAUUGCUCCACUGUCUGCACCUGCAUCUGCUCCACGCUCUCAAGGCUAUAAUGAAUCUGGCAAGAAAUAA